GAAAAGAAAAGGUUUGCCCAAAAUAUAGGUACGGCGCAUCCGGGCAAGAGCCUGGCCUCGCACUUUCUCUCCCCGCUACCUCUCGCUUUCUCGGAAACACAAGCUGACAAAAAACCUCAUCUCACACAUUUUUCAUCUUUCUUCUUCUUUCAACCUCCGCGUAGAUUCACGCGCUUCGCACCCCAGACGCGCAUCUCUCUGCUCUCCCAUCUGGGCUUCUCUCUUUAUCUCUCCCCCCUCUCUCAGAGGCUUCUGCUGGCCCUGAGAACCCUAGAAAUCUCACUAGUUGCGAAAGAUACUCUUUUUUUUUUGUAAAAAAUAAUAUAUAGAUUCGCUGGAAUGUUCGCUUCUUUGGGGCUACAUAUGCGUGAGUUCAGGUGGUGCUAGCUGUUCGGCUUUCUUUGUUGCUCUUUGUAUUCCAAUUAUGAUUAGAUCCGACGGGAAGGAUAUGAAAGACUUCACCGACUCUUCUAGCUCUAUCUCCGGUGGUGCACUGUUUGAUUCAUCUCAGUACGCGUUUUUCGGGAGAGAUACUCUUCAUGAAUUUGAACUAGGGGGUUUAGACGAUGAAGAAGAUAGUAGUAACAUGCCCGCCCAUGAUGUUAGAAUUGACACACUACCGGAGUAUCAUUUGUUUGAGAAAGAUGAGGAAUCAACAUUAGGUUCAUUAUCUGAUCUAGAUGAUCUAGCCACUACAUUUUCGAAGUUAAACAGAAGUGUCACGGGCCCAAAACAUCCCGGAGUCAUUGGUGAUCGUGGGUCUGGAUCUUUUUCUAGGGAAAGCUCUUCAGUAGCGGAAUGGGUAAAAGACGCAGAGUUUCAUGACUUGUCUGAUCAGCAUUUAUCUGACACAGAAUGUUAUCAGGAAAACAAAAAAUGGUCUUCCCAACCGCACCUCUCUGUUCAUUUUGCAGAGUCGAAACCACUCUACAGAACAUCUUCAUACCAACAUGCUCCUCAACUACAUCAACUACAACACCGCUCCAGUGAACCAAUUCUGUUACCAAAGUCAUCUUUCACUUCCUUUCCUCCUCCAGGUAGCAUAACUGAGCAGGCUUCCCUACAUACUCUUUCCCAUCACUAUGAUCUUUCAUCACAUGGUGGGCCACAGUCACCCUUCUCCCCUGCAAAUAUGUCAAGCCCAAACAUUCAUUUGCCUGGCCUGUCCCACUCGCACAUGCACCACCACCGUAAUAUAAACAUACCACAGCGAACCACUUCUGGUGGACCAUCUCUAAAUAACAGCAAUCUACAAAACCAUUGGGCCAAUCAUCCAAACCCGUUAAUGAACAAUGUUUUGCCACAUCAAUUUGCACAUCAGAAUGGACUAUUAUUAUCCCCUCAGUUGAUGUCUCCCCAACAACAAAGACUGCAUCUUUCUGUUCAACCUUCGUUAGCACAUUUUUCAGCCUUGCAAUCUCACCAAUUGUAUAGUUCUUUUCCUGCACCAGUUCACCUGGGUAAAUACGGGCCGCCCAAUGCACGGGAUUCUAGACCAUAUAAAUCACAUAAAAGCAAAAGUGUGCGAUUUUCGCAACAAGGCUCUGAUGCUUCUAGUCAGAAGAAUGAAAGUAAUGCCUCACAUUUUCGGUCAAAGUACAUGACAGGUGAAGAAAUAGAAAGUGUUCUAAAAAUGCAGCAUGCUGCAAACCAUUGCAAUGAUCCAUAUGUGGAUGAUUAUUACCAUCAGGCUUGCCUGGCAAAGAAAGCCGUCGAGUCCAGGACAAAGCAUCGUUUCUGUCCAAACAAGGAGCAGCAGCCUUCACGGUCACGUAACAGCACAGAAUCUUUGCCCCAUCUCCAUGUUGAUGCUCAGGGACGCGUUUCCUUUUCUUCCAUCCGCAGGCCCCGUGCCCUUCUUGACAUCCACCCACCGGGGUUUGCUUCUGUUGAAGGCGUGGGCGACCGAAAAACAAUCGACACACCUUUGGAGCAAGAACCCAUGUUUGGCGCUAGAAUCACUAUAGAAGAUGGCUUUCAUCUCCUCACCGAGGUGGAUGACAUCGACAGGCUUCUUCAGUUUAGUCAGCCCCAAGAUGGUGGGUCACAGCUCAGACGGAAACGACAGAUGCUGUUAGAAGGCAUGGCGGCAUCACUUCAACUUGUGGACCCGCUUGGGAAAACCAGCAGCCCUAUUGGGCUGAACCCUAAGGACGACAUUGUGUUUUUAUGGUUGGUGUCGAUUCCAAAGGGCAAAAAACUCAUCUCAAGGUACCUUAAGCUUCUAAUUCCUGGAGGGGAGCUUGCCAGGAUAGUUUGCAUGGCAAUUUUUCGCCAUUUGCGGUUUUUAUUCGGCGGGCUUCCAUCAGAGCAAGGAGCAUCUGAGGCCAUUUGUUAUCUUGCAAAAGCUGUAUCAACAUCAGUGUGUGGAAUGGGUCUUAAUUCAUUAAGUGCUUGUUUGGCUGCAGUGGUUUGCUCAUCCGAGCAGCCACCACUACGUCCACUCGGAAGUCCAUCUGGAGAUGCAGCAUCUGUCAUCUUAAAAUCAGUUUUAGAUAGGGCAACUUACCUGUUAACUGAUCCUGCUUCGGCCUCCUCUAAUAACUAUAGCAUGCCUAACCCAGCCCUAUGGCAGGCAUCAUUUGAUGCCUUUUUUGGUCUUCUUACAAAGUAUUGUGUUAGUAAAUACGACAGUAUAAGGCAAUCCAUUGCACAGACCCAAACAAGCACAGAAGAGAUGAUUGGUCCCGAAGCAGCAAGGGCUGUUAGCCGAGAAAUGCCUGUAGAACUUUUACGCUCUAGCCUUCCACACACGAAUGAGAAUCAAAGGAAACUUUUACUGAAUUUCGCACAGCGUUCCAUGCCUGUUACAGGUUUCAAUAGUCAUUCUGGAAAUGGCGGACAAACAAAUCCAGAAUCUGUGAGCUGCUAGAUGGUAGAAAAUUUAAUCACUUUUGGUCACAUGACUAAAUAGGGUAUUUCCCACUUUUUUGGUCACCAAAUUUAACUUUUUCACGUUUUCUUGGUCGAAUACAGAUUUCUUUGCCUCAUGUAGUUAUUUUGACCAAAUGUCCUGUACGUUUUUUGGUUGGUUUCUCUAGUCAAGAAGCCUUGAAGGAUCAAAAGUGGCAAAAAAAAUCAUAUUUGAGACCAGAAUGGAAGAGGAAGUUUGGAACAAAAAGUGGGAAAUAUGUUACAGAAGAAAGAGUAUUAUUAAUGGCAUCUUUUUAAUGCCAAAGACUCAAUCUUCUUUAACCCUUUUAUGUCCCGCCCCACCCCACACACUGUCAUUUACUUGUAAGUUGUUCUAGGUUAGAAAUUAGUUUCUGUGGUAGUACCUUACAUAGCGUUGUAUCCGUCAAAAAUGUGACGACAUUGGUCACUUGAUCUUUCUUCGUAAGAGCUUUAUUUUUAUGCUCUUUAUGUAAAAAUGGAUAUGUACAGGUCUACCAUGGAAAAGAUUCUAUAACUGUUGCAAUUUCUCAUUCCACUUUACCCACUUCUCCUUCUGAAGUAGUGUGGUGUGGUUGGUAGUGGGGGGCGGUGGGAAUGUAUUUUGUUGCAGGAGAUGUAAUUUAGUUUGCUAUUAACUCUUGGUGACAAAAUUGUACUCCGUAAUACUUAGAGAUUGCUACAGCUAGUUUUCAUUAAAUGUGUUUUACAUUUGCCUAA